CUUCUUCUUCCUCCUCUCUUUUCUUUUUCAACGGUACCAUACUGAAAGCUUAGAUAAGGAAGUCCUCAUCAUCUUUUCGAGAUUGCCAGAGUUUUUAGAAAAAAAUUCUUACAUACAGGUAGGAGAACGCCAUUUAAAGUAAGAAAAUAACGGUAUGUAAGUUGCCUUCUGGAUCCUCCCUUUUUCACCUUGGAUUCCUCCUUAACUACAUGGUGGCAGAUAAAUUCUCUUUGCAGUUCUAAUUUUCCCAAUGAGUAAAACUCUUUCAUUAUAAUUUCUCUUUGGUUUUCAGUAAAGUUGACACAUUUUUUGUUGUGAAGCGUAUAGUACUUGUUAUUACAUCUUUCACCAACUUGUUUAGGGGGUACUAAGUUCAUCGACUUUGGUAUGAUGUAGGCCUGCCCAGAAUACCUCUUUUGUUUCGUCGCUCUACACGAAUCCUUCUUCAAAUGUCUUUCUUCCGAUUCUUUGUUUGACCCAUCAACUAAAUAGUCUUCAGGUUUCCUUUUAACACAUAAGUAACUUCCACUGGUUAAAACUCGGGGCGCAACAUCUUGACAAACAUCUUGUAAAUGUAAAUUUUCUAUACUUUCGAAGGUAUGGGACAGGCAAUCCAGCGGAUCUUCCAUAAAGUGCACACACUUAUAACAACUACUGAAUAUCUCGUCUGAACAAUUGGUAUUUUCACAUUCUCUAGAAUUUUUACCCUUCCUUUUUUUGUGACAGUCUCAUUAUUUGUGCUUUCACUGAUUAUUUUACGGUUUUGACAAAUCAAAAGAGGGUCAUCUGACAGAUAAUCUAAGUCGUCGCGCGACCUUAUAACAUUAUUACCAUUGCUAUGGUCAAUUUGUAAUCCUGGAAUCAUAAUGGUGCGUUUCCAUGCUUGCCAAGGCUUGACAAGCAACCACAAGGCACAAGCGUCCACAAACCUCGCUUGGCAUUUGGAAGUCGUUUACACGAUUGUGAAUGCGUCAGUGUGCUACGUACAUCCAAGCAUGGCGGACACCGAACUUGUAUCGGCUAUUACGUUUGGUUUAACCUACUUUUAUUUCAAAUAUAAGCAAAUUAAAACAAAAUCAAGGAAAGCCAGACGACCACGAAGAUGAUGGAUGAUAAAGAUUCAUAGAAAUCGUACCAGAAAAUUUUACCAAUGAUUUCCAAGCAUGAUACCGACUUCAGAGAAGCUAUACCAGCUAAAUUUCGUCUUGCCAUAACGCUACGAUUUUUAGCAUCUGGUGAUUCUUACAAAAGCCUACACUACUUGUUUAAAGUAUCUAUCCCUAUGAUGUCAAAAAUUAUUCGUGAAGUUUGUCAAGCUCUUAAUGAAGUUUUAAAGGAUCAAGUUAAGAUGCCCACCACAGCAGAAGAAUGGCUUAAAAUAGAAAAAGGAUUCAGGACCAAAUUUCCACAUUCCAUAGGUUCAUUGGAUGGCAAGCAUAUAGUCAUAGAGUAUUUCAAUUACAAGAAAACUUUUAGCAUUGUCCUUUUGGCAUUAGUGGAUAGCCAACAUAAAUUUAUAUUCGCAGACAUAGGGAGUCAAGGAAGAAUAAGUGACGGUGGAGUUUUUAACAAUUCGUUAUUAUGGCAAAAAAUCUCUAAUAACGAGAUAAAUUUUCCCUCGCCAUGUCCACUUCCAGGAUCGAAUAUAAAUGUGCCUUACAUAUUUUUAGCUGACGGUGCUUUUGCAUUGAGUAAACAUGUAAUGAAGCCCUACCCUGGAAACCAUGACGUCGGUUCACCAAAAAGAUUAUUUAACCAAAACUUAUCCCGCUCCCGAGUUGUAGUAGAAAAUAUUUACGUUUGGAAUUUUAACUUCAGUGUUCAGAAUUUUUAGACGCCCUAUGGACUUAGAUCCACAAACUUUGUCGAAACUUACGAUGACUUGUGUAUUGCUACAUAACUAUUUGAGAACAAGUAAAAGUUCCUCAAAUCGAUAUACUCCUCAUGGAUCGUUUGACGUAUAUAAUAGUAGUGGAAAUAUGGUGACCCCUGGUUCGUGGCGAAAUGAAAUCAAUGGAUAUAAUGCAUUGCAAAAUUUGCCUUAUGUACCACGAAGAUCUCCGCUGAAUGCCAGACAAAUCAGAGACGAAUUUACUUCGUAUUUUAGUAGAAAUUGCUAAGUUCAUGAAAAUUAAAAAUAAAAUUAUUAUAAAUAAAUGUGGUUUCAUUGAUUUAAAAUAAACGUUGCUUUUUACUUACAGUUUCGGUAUUUAUUCCAUCAAUGCAAGUAUAUACUGGUAGUAAAAAAGACUCCAUCAUUUCGUAAGCAAAC